CAAAAGGCGAAGCGGCAGCGGCUCCUGUCAAGCGGGCAGCAGAUCCAGAGCGGCCCGUGCUCCCCUUCCCCAGACCCUCCCCCUAUCCCCAGUGGAGCCGGAGAGCGGGCGCGCCCCACCACCGCCCUCACCAUGGUGCUGUUGGCAGCAGCGGUCUGCACAAAAGCAGGAAAGGCUAUUGUCUCUCGACAGUUUGUGGAAAUGACCCGAACUCGGAUUGAGGGCUUAUUAGCAGCUUUUCCAAAGCUCAUGAACACUGGAAAACAACAUACGUUUGUUGAAACAGAGAGUGUAAGAUAUGUCUACCAGCCUAUGGAGAAACUCUAUAUGGUACUGAUCACUACCAAAAACAGCAACAUUUUAGAAGAUUUGGAGACCCUAAGGCUCUUCUCAAGAGUGAUCCCUGAAUAUUGCCGAGCCUUAGAAGAGAAUGAAAUAUCUGAGCACUGUUUUGAUUUGAUUUUUGCUUUUGAUGAAAUUGUUGCCCUGGGAUACCGGGAGAAUGUUAACUUGGCACAGAUCAGAACCUUCACAGAAAUGGAUUCUCAUGAGGAGAAGGUGUUUAGAGCCGUCAGAGAGACUCAAGAACGUGAAGCUAAGGCUGAGAUGCGUCGUAAAGCAAAGGAAUUACAACAGGCCCGAAGAGAUGCAGAGAGACAGGGCAAAAAAGCACCAGGAUUUGGCGGAUUUGGCAGCUCUGCAGUAUCUGGAGGCAGCACAGCUGCCAUGAUCACAGAAACCAUCAUUGAAAGUGAUAAACCAAAAGUGGCACCUGCACCAGCCAGGCCUUCAGGCCCCAGCAAGGCUUUGAAACUUGGAGCCAAAGGAAAGGAAGUAGAUAACUUUGUGGACAAAUUGAAAUCUGAAGGUGAAACCAUCAUGUCCUCCAGUAUGGGCAAGCGUACUUCUGAAGCUACCAAAGUGCAUGCUCCACCUAUUAAUAUGGAAAGUGUACAUAUGAAGAUUGAAGAAAAGAUCACAUUAACCUGUGGACGAGACGGAGGAUUACAGAAUAUGGAGUUGCAUGGCAUGAUCAUGCUUAGGAUCUCAGAUGACAAAUAUGGCCGAAUUCGUCUUCAUGUGGAAAAUGAAGAUAAGAAAGGGGUGCAGCUACAGACCCAUCCAAAUGUGGAUAAAAAACUUUUCACUGCAGAGUCUCUAAUUGGCCUGAAGAAUCCAGAGAAGUCAUUUCCAGUCAACAGUGACGUAGGGGUGCUAAAGUGGAGACUACAAACCACAGAGGAAUCUUUUAUUCCACUGACAAUUAAUUGCUGGCCCUCGGAGAGUGGAAAUGGCUGUGAUGUCAACAUAGAAUAUGAGCUACAAGAAGAUAAUUUAGAACUGAAUGACGUGAUUAUCACCAUCCCACUCCCGUCUGGUGUCGGCGCGCCUGUUAUCGGUGAGAUCGAUGGGGAGUAUCGACAUGACAGUCGACGAAAUACCCUAGAGUGGUGCCUGCCUGUGAUUGAUGCCAAAAAUAAGAGUGGCAGCCUGGAGUUUAGCAUUGCUGGGCAGCCUAAUGACUUCUUCCCUGUUCAAGUUUCCUUUGUCUCCAAGAAAAAUUACUGUAACAUACAGGUUACCAAAGUGACCCAGGUAGAUGGAAACAGCCCUGUCAGGUUUUCCACAGAGACCACUUUCCUAGUGGAUAAGUAUGAAAUCCUGUAAUACCAAGAAGAGGGAGCUGAAAAGGAAAAUUUUCAGAUUAAUAAAGAAGACGCCAACGAUGGCUGACGAGUUUUUCCCAAAUUUACAAGCCAUUGGAGACCCCUUUUUUCUGAUACAAUGCACGAUUCUCUGCGCGCAAGGACCCUCGACUCACCCCCAUGUUUCAGUGUCACGGAGACAUUCUUUGAUAAAGAAAUGGCACAAACAUAAAGGGAAAGGCUGCUAAUUUUCUUUGGCAGAUUUUAUUGGCCAGCAGGAAAGCGAACUCUCCAGAGAAUGCCCCCAGUUAAAUACCUCCUCUUCCUUUACCUAAGUUGCUCCUUUAUUUUUAUUUUAUUAUUAUUUUUGGGUUUUUUUUUUUGAGACGGAGUCUUGCUC